AACAAUUAAUAAUCAUUGACCAAAGUAACGUGGAUAAAUCGUAGUAAAUUAAAAUCUUUGUGAUGUUGAUGUAGUGAAAUUUCAAGAGCUCGAACGCGAGAGCCUCUUUUCAUAACGUGGACUGAAAUUCAGCAAUCAUACGCAGCGGUAUUGGGCUAUUAUGGAUGGACAAUGCUUGGUCGACCUCAUUUACGUAUUUUUUUUUAUCGGACUUCUAUUCAAAGAGGUCGAACCAAUCAAGAUAACAAAAGUCCAGAUACCGAGUGUAGUGAGAGCAGGUACCGAAGAGCCGAUUAUUCUGGACUGUCAAUACAGUAUGGACGGUUCAUCGAAUUUAGCCCUUGUAGUUAAAUGGUACGUCAAUGGUGAAAUACUGUAUCAAUGGAUCCACGGACGUGCUCCACAAGGCUCGGAGGAGUUUCAACAGUACAUUGAUAAGUCUUACAAAGCAAGCACAAAUCCAGACAUGGAGUACAGAGCGGUGAAGCUCGUUAGACCAAGUCAUGAUUUGUCCGGAAAGGUUAGGUGCAGUAUAUCAACGCAGGAUGGUGAGGACGAGGCGGAGGGUGAGCUGCUGGUCUACUCGCCCGAGCGAUCGCUGCAAAUAGCAGAGCCAAUUUCCAACGAUGAAACGAAGCAGCUGUCUGUUACGUGCUUGGCCGAGGAUGUCUAUCCGCUACCAAUUAUAACAAUUCGCCGGGACAAUCAAACAAUUAAGGAUCAGAAAGUGUAUCACAAUGAAAAGCAGGAUCGUCGCUACAAUGUCGGUGUUUUAGCUGUCAUUCCAAUGGAAAAGAUGGAACUACCAACGAAAUUUCAAUGUGAAAUCCACAUUGCGGCGGCCAAUUACACAUCAAUUCGUGAAUAUGUCUACAAUGGCACUGAUGGCCUUCGCUUGUCCCUCGUGACAUCGUUCAUUAUAUACGUCUUCGUUAUCACAACAACUGUACUCCAUUAUUGAAGAUGAAUCAAGAGAGACAAAUACAUAAACUGUUAUCCAAUAUCGAGGGAAUGAAAUAGUCAACUGCGGAGUCACCAAGUAAUUCUCGAGAGGAACGAACAAGGAGAAUAAAUCGGAAUUAAAUGUAUUGUAUGAAUUCCUCAUACCCUGCGUCAAAUAUUUUGCUAUUCACGUUAAAAAAAAGCCCCUUUCUACAUCAUUAACCUGGUACACAAAUUUUUGUUGUGCAGAACUGCCAUAGUUUGAAGACACGUAAUUCAUUAAAUACUAACAGGGUACUUUGCAAGUAAACGGAAAUGUCGCUGGGAAUUAAGAGGAAAGAAAGAAACAGUGAAUAGAAUACUUUGUUCAUCCGGUAUUUAAUCUCCAGGAUAGUAUAAUAAUUUUUUUACGAGAAUUUUACUUUUCAUUUCCAUUCGCAAAUAUUCAUCAUCCGGUACUAAAAUCCGUGCUUUUUCCUCAUUCAACUCAUAUAUUUUUCAACCAUUGUGACGAAUUAUCUUUUCAUCGUUGCAAAAUAAUGCAUGGGCCAUUUGUCAUUAACCAUUAUGUGUACAUCGGAAAAAAAACUAAAAUAGCUGAAAAGAUGGAAUUUCAUAUAAGUAAAAUACGUCCGGGAGAGCAAUAAUAAAAAUAAAUAACAACGGGUUGGAAAAGUUGAAUAUGCAGGUCACAGUGAUAGCAUGAAAAAGCGAAUGCAGACCAAGCGAAAAAAUCAUUAACACAAGGGAAAAAAAUGUCGGGGGCGGAGAGAAAGAGGGGCAGGAGAGAUAGCAGGUAAAGAAAGAUCGCAAGAACUGCAAUAGUACUGUGAUACAGUGGCCAUUGGUGUGAGCCAUCAAAAAUUCAGUGCUCUCUUUCCCUCAGCAUAGACUACCUUGAACAACGUACAUUCACUGAGUAUUAAGAAAGGUGAAUUUAUUCAUUGACAUUGAAAUAGUCAAGUUACAUGGGAAGAGGGUUUGGCUCUUAUUGUCUGGUAAAUCUAAUACGAUAGUCUGGGAGGAGUAAGCGAAAAUGUGGGUAAAUUUACAAUAUUUGGGACCUCCUCAGCAUAAACCCCGGACGAUCGUACGUGUUUAUGAAUUAUUCCUGUAUUAUCGUUCUUAUAGAGACUCUAACAAAUUUUAUGUAAAAAAAACAAAAUAUAUUAAAUAGAGUACCUAUUUCGAAUGAGGAGAGAUUUACUGAAAUGACAAAUCGAUAAAUUACUCUCACGUUUUUGUAACUGUUUCAAUCUAUUAUUUUAGACUGAUAAAAAAAAUGAGCGAGUGUUAAAACUAUGGUGGAGUGAAGUAAGAGAAUAAAAAGAUACAGAACAUAAUCGGUGUAAAAAUUGUCACAUGAUAUUUCUCUGGAAAUAAACGGAACGUUGAUAAAAGAUGGUUGUUUCGAGAGUUUAUGAUAUUCUUUAUGGAGUUGUAGGUAACGUGGAAUGUAUCAAUUUUUGUAACAUUGAUUUAAUAUAUUUUCUUUCAAC